AUGCCGGAGAAGCACGAAACCACACACAAUCACGGAUCAGGGGGCAGUCCUUUAGACCAGCCAGCUCACUCGCUGACUUAUGAAGCCGUAAUCAAAAAUCUUGAUACUGAACUGGACGAAGGACUGGCUCCUGAUGAAGCUAGCCGUCGCCUCGAGCAAUAUGGUCCAAAUAAACUGGACGAAGGCGAAGGAGUGUCGGUGGUCAAGAUCCUUGUGCGCCAGGUGGCUAACGCAAUGAUGCUAGUGCUGAUUCUGGCCAUGGCGGAGUACGCUGCGGAGAAGACUAUGGAGUCGUUGCAUUCACUGUCGUCGCCGACAGGGACUGUCUCCAGAGGUGGACACACCUUCUCCGUACCGUCGUGGGAAAUUGUGCCGGGUGACAUGGUCGAGUUGAGGACUGGGGAUACCGUUCCAGCAGAUAUUCGUCUGGUUGAAGCAGUCAAUUUCGAGACCGAUGAAGCACUCCUAACCGGCGAGUCUCUUCCCGUCCAGAAGGAAUGCGAUGCAACAUUUAAAAAGGACACUGGACCUGGGGAUCGUCUGAAUAUCGCUUAUAGCUCGAGCACAGUCACUCGUGGUCGUGCUCGUGGUGUCGUCGUCAGUACAGGCAUGUCCACAGAGAUCGGCUCCAUUGCUCUCGCGUUGCGGGCCAGUGACAGCAAGCGUCGUUCCGUCAAGCGUGAUCCUAACGGCGAGAGUAAAAAACGAUGGUACAUCCAGGCUUGGACUCUUACUGGGACGGAUGCUGUCGGUCGAUUUCUCGGUGUUAAUAUCGGAACACCUUUACAAAGGAAGCUGUCGAAACUCGCCUGUUUACUAUUUGGAGUUGCGGUUGUUUUCGCGAUUGUAUGCAUGGCUGCAAAUCUCUUCAGCAGCAAUACCGAAGUCAUCAUGUAUGCAGUCGCAACCGGUAUUAGCAUGAUUCCAGCGUGUCUUGUGGUCGUUCUCACUAUCACUAUGGCAGUGGGUACUAAGCGCAUGGUCCAAAGGAACGUAAUUGUUCGCAAAUUGGACUCGUUGGAAGCACUUGGUGCAGUUACUGACAUCUGCUCCGAUAAGACUGGUACAUUGACCCAGGGCAAGAUGGUCGUCAAGAAAGCAUGGAUUCCGUCUCGGGGGACAUACUCCGUUGGCACAUCUAACGAGCCAUUCAACCCUACCAUUGGAGAUGUCACCUUCACUCCUUUACCUCCUUUGGAUUUCGACGACGAGAAAGAAUGUCCCGCUGCAGAAAAUGCAGAAGAACUAGUAUCGGGAAAUCGCCAGCUUCAGGACUUUCUGGACGUCGCAGCUAUGGCCAACCUCUCUCAUGUAUACAUGUCUGAAGAGGGUGAAUGGAACGCGCGCGGUGAACCCACAGAAAUCGCCAUCCAAGUAUUCGCGUCGAGAUUCAACUGGAAUCGCGACCGCUGGACUAAGGGUCAGAAAAGAGUUUGGCACCAAAAGGCUGAGUUUCCUUUCGAUUCGACCGUGAAGAAAAUGUCUGUGAUUUUCAGCAACUCUUCCCUACAAGAAGACUGCACAAUGGUAUUUACCAAGGGUGCUGUUGAGCGCAUCACUGAUUCGUGUACUUCCGUGAUUUGGGACCAAGAUUCUUCUUCCCCCGUACCAAUGACUGAUGACCACCGCGAAAAAAUCUUUCAGAACAUGGAGGAACUUGCCAAGUUGGGACUUCGGGUAUUAGCUUUAGCCCAUCGACCAUUUACUGGUCAGGUACAACUUCUCGAAGAUUCUGACCUGGAACGUGAGUAUGUUGAGAACGACCUGUGUUUCCUGGGUCUGAUCGGGCUGUAUGAUCCUCCACGCCCUGAGACAGCAGACUCCAUCCAGUCCUGCUACCAAGCUGGUAUAAUUGUCCAUAUGGUCACUGGGGAUCACCCCGGCACUGCGAAAGCGAUUGCGCAGCAAGUGGGGAUCCUUCCUGCUGAUUUCAGUACUGUAGCAGCUGAUGUCGCGGACGCUAUGGUCAUGACUGCCAGUCAAUUCGACAAACUAACUGAUGAGCAGGUAGAUGCUCUUCCUACUCUGCCUUUGGUAAUCGCACGCUGCGCCCCUCAAACAAAGGUGCGCAUGAUUGACGCCCUUCAUCGGCGUGGUCGUUUUGCGGCCAUGACUGGGGAUGGCGUAAAUGACUCUCCUUCGCUCAAGCAUGCCGAUGUGGGUAUUGCUAUGGGACAAGCGGGCUCGGAUGUAGCCAAAGACGCCUCUGAUAUUAUCCUGACGGACGAUAACUUUGCUUCGAUUCUGAAUGCUGUCGAGGAGGGUCGUCGCAUUUUCGAUAACAUCCAGAAAUUCGUGCUUCAUCUGUUGUCCGAAAACAUCGCCCAGGCCUGUACCUUACUCAUUGGAUUGGCUUUCAAAGACGCUGAUAAUCAAUCUGUCUUCCCUCUAUCACCGGUGGAAAUCCUCUGGAUUAUUAUGAUUACUUCGGGUAUGCCAGACAUGGGCCUUGGCAUGGAGGUGGCUGCGCCUGACAUUAUGGAUCGCCCUCCCCAGAGUAAGCAAGGCAUAUUCACCUGGGAGGUGGUGAUUGACAUUCUUGUGUAUGGCGUCUGGACAGCAGCGCUUUGCCUCGCGGCAUUCUCUGUACGCAUGUGGGGUUUUGGCGAUGGUAACCUCGCUCGUGGCUGCAACAAAGAGUGGUCAGAAGAGAUCAAAGACUGCGAACUCGUCUUCCGAGCACGAGCCACUACGUUCGUGUGUUUGACAUGGUUUGCGUUGUUCUUGGCUUGGGAAAUGGUUAACAUGCGUCGGUCAUUCUUCCGCAUGCAACCAAAAUCCAAGAAAUACUUCACGCAGUGGAUGUACGAUGUCUGGAGGAACAAGUUCCUUUUCUGGUCUAUCAUGGCUGGGUGGAUCACCAUGUUCCCUAUCCUCUAUAUCCCCGUGCUGAAUGACGUCGUCUUCAAGCACAAGCCCAUAACAUGGGAAUGGGGCAUCGUGGCGGUCGAGGCUGUCCUAUUCUUCAUCGGCGUUGAAGCCUGGAAAUGGGCCAAGCGGGUCUUUUUCCGUCGCAAAGCUAAGAAAAGUCCGGGUUUGACUUCUUUCAGAGAGGUCCCGGAGCGACCCUAA